UUCUCCAUCCCCCAUCACGGGCUGAGCUUGGAGGGGCUGAUCUUCGUUGGAGGACCACAUGAUGGGGCACAACAAUGGGAAGCGUUAUGAGUGUGACGUGUGUGGCAAGGCCUGCCGGAGCCCGAGCAAGCUGGAGACCCACCGGCGGGUUCACACGGGCGAGAAACCCUAUGCCUGCUCCACCUGUGGCAAGAGCUUUGCCCGGUUGACGGGGCUGUGGGAACACCAGCGGGUACACAGCAGUGAACGGCCCUUCACCAUCUCCGACUGCGGCAAAGGCUUCAAGUCGUCGCCGGAACUGAAAGUGCACAGGCGCCUGCACACCGGGGAGCGGCCCUACACCUGCAGCGACUGCGGCAAGGGCUUCACCCAGACCCAAAACCUGCGGUUACACCAGCGCACCCACACCGGGGAGCGGCCCUUCACUUGCAGCGAUUGCAGCAAGGGCUUCACCUGCUCCGCCUAUCUGCUGACCCACCAGCGCGCCCACGGCGGGGAGCAGCCCUACACCUGUGCCCAAUGCAGCAAGGGCUUCACCAGCUCCAGAAGCCUACUGAUGCACCAGCGCUCCCACACCGGCGAGCGCCCCUACACCUGUGCCCAGUGCUACAAGGGCUUCACCAGCUCCAGCAGCCUGCUGAAGCACCAGCACUCCCACACCGGCGAGCGCCCCUACACCUGUGUCCAGUGCGGCAAGGGCUUCACCCGCUCGACAACCUGCUGGAGCACCAGCGCACCCACACCGGCGAGCGCCCCUACACCUGUGCCCAGUGCGGCAAGGGCUACACCAGCUCCAGCAACCUGCUAAACCAUCAGCGCUCGCACACUGGCGGGCUUCACCUGCCCCACCAGACUGCUGUCCCACCAGCGGGUGCGCACCAAUCGUCAGCCCUACGACUGCCCGUACUGCGGUGAGGCGUUUGCCAGCU